CCUCUACAGGAAGACCCGCCUAUCCUCUGGUUCUCUGUGAACUGACUUUCAACAUGCGUCCCCAAGCAGCUACGGUUUGGUACAGGCGGAUGUCUUUGGUCUACGCGUUCGGCACCUGGUCGGUGUUGGGCUCUGUGUUUUAUUUGGGCCGUAAAGUGCCGUCCACAGGUGAUGAAGUAGAACAAAAGGACGAUUCAACAAAUGAAAUACCUGUCUCAACAACUGAAAAGCCUGAGCUCCCAAAAGGGUUUUAUGUAGAAACGAUUGUCACAUAUAAAAAAGAUUUUGUCCCAGUUACUGACAAGAUCAUCAACUAUUUCAAAUCCUGGACUGGUGGACCUCGCUCAUAAUCAUGAUUGACUGCUGAAUUCUUAUAACAAAGACUUUGGUUCAUUUAAGUUUGAUAGAUGACUUGAUUUCUGUUUUUUUGUUUGUUUGUGAAAAGUAUAUAUUUAAUUUAACUUUGUUGUCAAAUUUAAUCA